GCCGUUGUUCCCGACGUUCCCGUUGUGUGUCGUGUGUGCGCCGUAGCCCCACAACUAAUAUAGCUGUAGUCUCUACUGUAUACCGAUACUGCGACUGCGUCCGCUGAGAGUUGGAAGUGUGAUAAUUUAAAACUAAUACUAAUAUCGUCGUAUAAUAGAAAUUAGAAACUACAACUCGCAGCGCGACUCACUGUCACGUAUUGCUUCGUUCGUUUGUCGCACAAGUGAUAUUAACGUUCCAAUUUUGUUUGUGUGAGUAGACUCAUUUGCAAUACGGUGCUCGUCAUUAGCAGUAAGUACUAGCCACAGUAAUAUUCGCCAUGUCCAACUGAUCCGUCUGGUGGUUUUUUCGUUUUAUCGACGCCACUUCUAAUGUCUAGCAACAUGGAUGACAAAAACGGCAUUAUAGCCGAUUUUCAAGCCAUUACUGGUAUUGACAAUGCAGGUGAAGCGUUGAUGCACUUAUCGAAUUUUGAUUGGGACCUGCUGGCCGCCGUUCAACAUGUCACACCUAAACAUACUCAACACUUGCCGUCUGAAGGGCGCAGUACUCAACUAAGCGAACCAACUGUAAUGGUUGCAGAUGAUUUCAGGGGUAUGAUUGCAUCAACAUCAAACCAAACUCAUCGUUUAAUUACCAUUGAAAUUGAACAAAAUGGCCAUGUGAUUGUCACAGUAACACUCAACGAUAGUUCAACAAUUGAUGAUUUAAAAACAUUGAUCUAUGCUGAAACUGAAAUACCAUGUUGUCUACAAAACUUUAAUGGGUGGCCAAAUAAUCAACAUCCUUCCAAUAAAGAUACACUCUCCAAACUUAACCUUCCAGAUAGAUUUAAGCUGAAUCUUAACUCUAAUGAUGGAGAUUUAAAUCAAGAGUUGAAUGGAAGAGCUAAUUUGCGAAUGUUCACUCUAAACAUAACAAUGGAGGCUACAACUUCAAGUGAAUAUCAAGUUUAUAAAUUGUCAUUUUCGUCUGAUCAAACCAUUGCAUAUGUGAAAGAAGUUGUUGCUAAAUUGACUAAAUUGCCUGUUAGUAAUCAACAAUGGUUAGGUUGGCCACAUUUUGUUACUCCUGCUACUACUUUGGAAGAAUCUCAUAUUAAUUUCCCAGUACAUGAUUUAAAAUUGAAGCCAUCAAACUCAAUACUUAAACAUACCAGAAGAAGAUACAACACUAGAUUAAAUCAGUCUGUUGAUAUGGAAACAAGCGAUUCUCCAAUGCCUUCAUCAUCUACUUCUUCUUCAUCCACAUCAUCAUCUUCUUCUGAAGAAGAUCCAUUUGAGGAUGCAGCAGAGUCAUUAAGUGGUAUUGAUGAUGAUGAUGUAGAUACUAUGUUCAUGGACACCGAGGCAUCUACUCGGAUCCGUCCAUUAAUUGCUGAGGAUACUGAAGAUGAACUUGCUGGUGUCAUUCAAUUCAUUGAUGAAUUUCAAAACCGUUAUGGUGAUAUGAGACCUCAGUUUUUUUUGGGAACGCUUGAUCAAGCUAUUAAAAUAGCAUGUUUUAAACCUGCUAAAGAUAAACGUUUAUUAGCUGUGUACUUGCACCAUGAUCGCAGCGUAUUGUCAAAUGUAUUUUGCACUCAACUAUUAUGUUUUGAAUCAGUUGUGCAGUAUCUCAAUACAAAUUUUUUAGUAUGGGGUUGGGAUAUGACACACCCAUCUAACAGAAAUAGAAUAUUGCAAUCAGCCUCUCUUUCACUGGGUACAAUGGCUGAAAUAACUUUGAGAGCUAUUGACAUUAACAGGCUUCCAGCUUUAGUGUUAUUUACACGUAAUCGGUCAAACACAGAAAUAUUGUCAGUUAUAAAUGGAGAUUGCAAUAUAAGUGAAUUACUAUCAAGCCUUAUAAAUGCUCAAGAAAUGUUUGCUAUACAACAGCAAGUGGAAAUUAAAGAAGAAGGGGAACGUAAUAUGCGAGAAAUGAUUAAAGUAGAACAAGAUGAAGCUUAUCAACAAUCAUUGGCUAUUGAUCGAGCUAAAGAAGAAACAAAAAGAGUACAAGAAAUGGAAGAAAAGGCAAUUCGAUCUCAAAUUGAAAGUCAAGAAAGACAAAUUGCUGCAGAAAAAGAGGCUAUUCGCCAACGUAUUAUUGCAUCUCUUCCGGCAGAACCAGAACCUGGUGAUCAAGUUGCAAAAAUCAGAUUCAGACUUCCACUUGGAAAGUUUUUAGAACGACGGUUUCUGGCAUCGGAUAAUUUACAAGUGUUAUUUGACUAUUUAUAUAUAAAUGGCUUUAGUCAAGAAGAGUUUAAAGUAAUUUCUAGUUGGCCUAGAAGAGAUUUGACAACACUAGGUGUAACUCAAACUAUGAAAGAACUAAAUUUGUAUCCACAAGAAACAUUAACUUUGGAAGAACGAUAAGUCUUUGUAUGUAAAUAAUGCAUGAAUGUAUAAAUUUAUCAUAAAUAAGGUUUUUUUUUUUUAUCGAAAAUA